CCGUCCAGUUAACCGGAGCCAUCAGAUCUCGAUGUAAAAUUGGCCGCACGUAUUAUGGACAGCCCUUGCUGUUGCCGACUCCAUAACAUGAUCGGGUGACAACUUUGCAUCACAUUAGCUGUCAAUAAAUUGUACAGACUCCAAUUCUUUUUCCUGUUAAAUUGGAAGCAGUGAAAUACACAGAACACUGGCUACAAAAGUCUUUGGUGGGAAACUAUCUGAAACUGUACUGUGGAACAGCAACUUCUAUUUCAGGUGUUACUUCAUGUACUUGUACAAAGUUUAAUUUUCGGUGUACUUUUUGAGAGGCAAACUGCCUUGCUGCUGAGCAAACCUGUAGGUAUCCUGCAGUCAAACUUGUCUUGCUUGAUUUUGUCGUCAUCUGCAAACCAAUCUGUUGUUUAGCUACCCAUCCAGCGAGCAAAUUUGUGCUGUGUUCUUCACCCCACGUUAUCUGUACAAGACACUGAACAAUCACAUACUAGACACUGCAAAAGGCUACACACAAGAAGCAAGACUCUGUGUCAAUCAUGUGGUGGUACUACGCAAAUGUCACCGUCUAUGCCCAAGCUGCAACGUCCCUUGCUCAGCUGGACAUUCUGGUCUGUACCUUCUUCACCUGUGUCUUCCAGAAUCACAGCGACAACUGCUCCGUGGCCUAUUCCCCACCCCUGAUGGACCAUCCACUGAUCUGGGAUGAAACGGGACCACCUCCCUGGGCACUGAUGAAAGAAUCCUUUGAUGUACCAAGCAAUGAAAGAUACAAACUGUUGAACCACUCGUUGCGAAUCGUUGCUUUUAAGAAUCCGGCAGAGGCAGACCAGUUUGUGUAUUCCAACACAAGGACUGUAUUGUAUGGUUUUGUCCUGCCUGUCCUCAAACUGCUAGGGAUCCUAUCCAUUCUGUCUUUUUUCUUUACCCUUUGCAGAGUUGCCUCCAUGCGUAAAGUCACUAAUUUCUAUCUGACUAAUUUGGCAGUUGCAGAUUUGAUGGUCUUGAUUUCAGCGUCCACUCAUCAGCAAUGUGUGGCUUUGACAACACAAAUUGACUUGGAUGUAUCAUAUUUGGGGAACUCAGCCCAAGCAGUUCUUACUCUCUUAAUGUACACUUGGGAUGUGGGUGUUAUUUCAUCUAUAGCCUUUGUAACACUGCUGUCUUAUGAUAGAUAUUUUGCCAUUUGUCACCCUUUCCAACACCGUAAUCUCAAUCUAAAGCGACGGGCAAUACGAGCAGCAGUUUGCAUAUGGUUUCUGUCUUUUUUCAUGAAUUUGAUUGCUUUCUUUUGUCAAUUUCUGGCCUUGAAUGUACCACCAAUCAAAUGUCUUGUUUGGCCAACUGAAGAAAAGUAUAAACAUCUAUCAGGUAAUGUGCAAUUGUUUUUUAAUGAUGAUGAAACUAUGCACACUUUGAAUCUGGUUGGAAAUUACAUGUUUUUCUGUGUAUUCAUGUUGAGUUUGAUCCUCACAGUCACUUUCAAUAUGCUCCUUAUUAAGGGACUGCAUGCACCAAAUCCAACUGGUGAUCAGAUCCGAGGUCCGUCAAAACAUCUACGAAGAGUUACUCUGAUACUUGGCAUCAACACAGCCGUGGUAUUUGUCUGUUUUUUGCCUCAAGCUAUAUUGGCCCUAAUUGCAAGUUUAUCGCAAAGCAGGGAAGAAGUGAAUGUAAGUGAUGAUGUGAAAUGGGGGUCGAAUUUGAUGAUUCUUUGCCUCAGAGUCAUCAACUCUUCCAUUAAUUCAGUCCUAUUCAAUGCUGGUAGUGGAAGGUACAGGAAGGCCUUUAAGCAAGCCUUCUGCUGCAGAAAGAGGCAGCAAGUACCAACGAACAAUAUCCCUCUGCAGACAUUACCAAGAACAGAUCCUGCGGAUAGGAUCAGAUCAUAGGAUCCAAAGGCAAAACUCCC